UGCACCGGUUAGUAGAAAACUGCACCUGCCCAAGGUACUUGAGAGUAGAACCUUGUUGCACCUUCUUUCUUUGAGAAGUCGACCUUUCACAAAAAAGCAGCUUUUUUUCUCUGCUGUGCAUGUGUUGGCCCCAGGAUUUUGAAGAAAGAAUAAGAGGGGAAGAGUAUAGCUUUCUUGCAAGUAUCGUGGCCCAACCAAUGGUAUCAGAGUAGGCCCUAUAUGUGGAAAUGCCUGUUGUCAAGAUACCAGUUGUGCAGAAGUUUGGCAUCAUUUCAACAAAAUAUCACCAUGCUCUCCAGCAAAGGCUCCUGCAAAGUUCUACAGUACCUGAACAGAAACACAGACCUCACAGACCUUUGGAAAUCACAGAGGAUUUCAUCAAACAGUUUAACAGUGCAGAAGAUUCAGAGGAGAAAGAACGCAUGCUGGAUACCGCUAGAAAAAUUCUUCUUAGAUGCAAGAGAAGAUCAAAAAUUAAUCCAAAGGGUUCUGGGAAUCAUGUGGAUCUGCAUCUUGCAUGGACAGAACUGAUUUUGCUGGCCCAGUGCAAGGGCAAUAUUGAAGAAGAGGCUAUUGAUAUCUUGCUUAUUUCGAUGGAUCAAGUGAACUUUAAUCAAGAAAACAUUUCUUUGUUGUUCUUCAUGGCGGAAUCCAUUCUCUAUAGAAUUUGUUGUGAUGUUGCCCAGAAACCAUGUCUGUGCUCAAGUGAUGUUAAGCUUUCAAAGCUUGGAUUUCUGACAUUUUUAAGACUUUAUGUAUUUUAUCUCCUGGGACAACUUGAACCUUAUGAUGAGCAGAAAGAGCGUCUUUCCACAUACCUACAAGCACUUCAGUCAUGCAGAUCUGUAUAUGAGCCUUUCCCAAAUGUUCAAUCAUCGGUACACAUAAUGUUAAAGGUUGGCACGAUUAUUUGUUCUCUUGAGGUUCCUUCGGGAAGCAACUCAUCAUUUCAGGAAAAUCCAGAUUUGAGGCCGGCAGUUACAAAAGCUGAAGGAGCUGAAAUAAAUUCAUUUGUCUGGUACUGUCUUGAGAUCUGGCUACAUGUUCAGAUGAAGAGCAUUCAUUUGCAGAAAGCUCUUCAUCAGCUGUGUCAACUGAAUGGAGGGCUUCUUCAGGAAAACUGGUUGGAUUCACUUUUAGGUUUAUUUAUCUUGGGAGAAGCUGCAAAAUUAGACAUUUCCUGUUUAAAGACUCUAUUGAAACUUGCACAUAAUUUCAUCACAUCUCCUCUGCACCUUCCAGUUCAGAAUUCAGAGCUUACCUCCAGUCCUGUUACAUCAUGGCCAUGGGAGGUUAUAUAUACUUAUAUUAUGGUGCUUUCUGACAUCUGCCUUCAUGGUACAGCUGCUGAGAUCCAAAAACAUGCUUUCACUGGUUUUAUUGAAAAACAUGAUACAACCGUAAGCACCCAUGAGACAAGUUUGCAUGGACUGUUAUUCUUUAUGCAUCCUCAAGCAUCUGAAGCUUGUAACAAAAUGAAUUGGAUCAUUCAUUAUGGGACAGUCUAUAAUUUGGUUAAAGUCUGCAAUGUACUCCACAUGGAUGUGAACAGGAGUGGUUUGAGAAAUGCAAUAUGGAAAGCACUGAACAGAUGCAGUGAAAAAGAUAAUCGAGUUAUAGAUGCUGUUAAAGUAGCUGAGGCUGAAUUAAAUGGUCCGGCAAAUACCUUCAUAACUGCAGGUUCUAAAACAUCAUUAACUUCUAUGAGCUUAGGCUCCUGUCAGUAUGUUGGAUUGAGGGUUGCAAGUGUCCUCUCACAGCAUUUCCUACCGCCUGUUGUGCCCUACAUUCCACUUCCAAAUAAACAGGCCUGCAGUCAGCUGCAUAUAAAGCUUCCAAAGCUAAAGGAACGAAAGACUGAGAAAAUAGCUUCACGUCCCUCUUUAAGGGAGCAAUAUUUCAGUACAGAGCCUUGUACAGCAAGGUCAAAUUUUCUUACCAGAACAAAUAUGGAUUUGCAGAAAGUUAUGGAUGAACAGUGGGAAAAAGAAUUAAAGAUUAAAAUGGAAGAGGAUAAAGAAGACCUGCAGAGGAAACAACAGGAAAAUCAAAAAAAGCAAGAGGAGCAUUUUAUGGAAAUAAUGAAAAGAAGGGAGCAAAAGUUACAAAAAAACACUAAACCAUAUGAGCUUCCACUGACCAGCAGUACAGAAUAAAUAAAUGGAAGUGGAAGCAUGGAUAAACAUGAACCCAAGUGAUUCCAUAUGUUUGGAGAAUGCUGUAAUUGAAACAAGGCAACUACAUCAAUGGAGUGAAAAAUAUAAAUACAUACUGUACAUAUAAUAUUAUACUCACAAUGAUGAGAUCUGUAUUUGCAUAUAAAUAAUAGCUCCCAUAAUUGUACAUGUAUCUUAUAAAAACUCAAGGUCCAUUAAAAAAAACUGUCAAACCUUGUGAUUUUGACUGCCUCAUUCCUGGCUUGUGGAUAAAUGUAGGCCAAGAAUCCGCACCUACGCUCGCAUAAACCCUCUCAUGUGCUUGUACUUGGAGCCACCGUGUUAGCUUGGAUGCAGGCACAUAAUGUAGAGCGGAUUUCAGAGCCAAAAUGCUUAUUCACACAUUUUGCUUCUGAAAUCUGAGGAGCUGCUGAUUCUCAGCCUGCAUUUAUCCACAGGCCAGGAAUCAGCUCUGUGUGGCACUAGCCUAAGAGCCUUCAGUUUUGUUCUAACAAGAAAAAUGAUAGUGUUCCACCACUUAUUUUGAUCUAUCAUGACCAAAUAACAGUAAGUUGUAUGUUAUAUUAAUUUUGAAUAUUUUUUAAAAAUGUAAUACUUAAAGGAAAACUAUACCCCCAAAUUAACACUUGAGCAGCAGAUCAUUUAUAUUAUAUUAAGUGGCAU